UCACCUGUGUGUAGCCCUCGUUAGAAAAUGUGGGCAUCGAAUAAGUUACUGACUUGGGGAGGCCACUGAACCGAACAAAAAACUUAGUGGAGUGUUUAUGAAGCUGUUAAUUGAUGAAGAGUUUUAAGAAACACGAGAAGUUUAAUUGUGUACAUGUUAGAAGUGUGAGUGAAUUGUGUUCUGAGCCAAGUUGAAGUCCACGAGGACGCUAUCGCUAAGCUAAGGGAGUUAGCACGGAGCGCCGGAGGAUGUCGUGAGGGAGGGCCGCCGUUGGAGUGUUUCUGGAUGGGAAUAUCGCCUUCGCUGUUUUUCCAUGACCAUUGUUUGGAUUAACCGUUGUUGGGACCGAGACUGAAAGCUCAACACGGACAGAUCUCUGCAUGCUGCUGGAGUGUCUGAAGAUCCAGAUGAAAUGUCCUGAGUUACAGAAACAAGCUCUGCUCACCAUUCACUCCAUCUGUGAAAACAAAGAGGAUAAUGUGGACCUGCUGAGAGAAAUGGGAGGAGUGACAUUUGUGUACAACCUCUGCAAAUCCAGUAUUGUUCAUUCAGAUGUGAAGGAGACAGCUCUCUUUACACUUGGAACUCUGGCAGAGGAUAAUGUGUUUUGCAAGAGUUUUCUCUGCACACAGGAGACGUUUGCAGACCUUGCCGGUUGGUUGUUGAAAGAAGACGUCUCACUGACACAGAGGAGAGUGUCUGUCUAUUUGCUCUCUGUGUUGGUAGCUAAUAACAAAUCAGGUCAGUCUUUAGCUCAAACCUCUGGCUGCCUGGACAUCCUACUGCGCCUCUUCAGGACUACUUUUCCUCUUUCCUUGGACACUACUUCAGUUGUAGUCAAUGCUACUCACACAUACCAGCUGUGGACAUCAGUAGCUAAUGCUCUCUGUGGAUGUGUCAACAAUCCUCAGAAUGAUGAGGGUCAGCGAAUGUGUGCAGCUACCUUUCCCAUAAUAAAUGCCUGGCUUCACAUUGCUCUGUCACAAAAAGAGAUUUUGAAUUUGAUUUGUUCUUUCAUAGCGAUGACAGUCGCCAACAACAGUUGGGUUCAGGAGUGUUUCUCUCACUCUGGAGGUUUGGAAACACUCACUCUUUCACUGCUUCGUCUAGCUCCAGAGGCAGAUACCAGUUUGUUGUCUUGCCAACUUUCUGUCACUUUGUCCAAGACCCUGUCAGCUUGCAUCACUGACAAUUUUGCUCUGGCUUCAGGUCUGGCUCGGUAUGGCAUCGUGUCCAAACUCCUCUCCCUGCUGACCAGUCCAAAUCUGGUUCCUGAGAACAAGCUCUCUGUUUUACUUGCCCUGGGUCACUGCACUGACUCCUCUGUGGAGCAUCAGUUCCAGUUUGUACAGUGUGGAGGCCUGCCCAUUAUUAUAACUUUACUCACAGAGGACACCAGUGAGGAGGUCAGGAAGGCUACUACGUUCAUACUGCAGACCUGCAAACAGGCCACCAUGUCGUUGGGAGAGUCUAGAAAUGAAGAGGAUACAAAAAUGGAGCCCCUCACAAACAUGGAGAGCUUCAGGAGCUCGGCCAGGGAGUUGCUCCACAGGAUUAAACUGCUAGAGCAGAAACAGUACAAGGAGGCUGUGCAGGAAGAGCCACCAACUGCAAUGCCAGCGCAAGCUCUCUCCUCUCUACCGUCAGCCUUACCUUUACUUCUGCAACAUCAGGAGAGAAAUAAAAGCACAACAUACAGAGGCACCAGCACUCACAAGCACAAAGAAGCCAAGAAGGAGAAGGACAGUCUACAGAAUAACAUGAGCUGGGAGGAGGAAGCUAAAAGCAGUGAAAGAGAUGAGAGGUUCUCAGUGAGAGAAGAUGCCAGAGCCACAGUGUCUUCUCAUGUAAAGUCACUAGAGGGUAGCAGAGAGCCAAAAACAGCAGACAGACGGAUGUGUACACUCCCAACAUCAGUGAGGCACAGUUCACCAAAAGACAUACAUACUAAAGAAGAGUUACAGGACUGGGACCAAAAUAAGGGGAAGAAACUCACAGCAGAAGAAAACCCCCUCCCUCAGUCCCGCUGUGCAGGCUGUGUGCUGCCCUUUGACAAAGUGACCAGUCGCACCUUUGCAUCUCUUCAAAGCUCCUUACGUCACAGCUGUGACAUGCACAAGACUCUCCAAGUGGCCACAGAGAGAUUCAGGACCCGUCACUGCAGCCCUAUGUUGAGGAGAGAGUACGAGGGAGACGGUGUGUCUGGGAGAGUGUCAGCAGCUGGAGGAAGCAGCCAAAAACAAAGGAUUGAGGGAGUAGGGAAAGUCAGGAGCUCGCUGGCAGAAAUCCCCUGGAAGAAACAUCAUGGCUUCAGUUUGACUCCACUGCGCAGAGGUGGUAGUGGGACGCCAUUCACUACUUACAACAAGACUGAGAACAGAGUGGAAAGACUUCUGCAUUGAGGAGAGCCGCCUUGAGGAGAAAUACAAGCAGCUAAGGAGGUCAGAACCUGGAUACUGGCUGCACAUAAUCUCAUAAACCCUGGGGCAGACCAUUAAUAAUCGUCCUCUUUGUUUCACACAAUUUCAUUGAUUGUGAAGUUGUCCAGUCUUACAUAUACUGGUAAUUGUUUCUUUCUGUUAAAACUGUGAACACAUUGAACCAGGUGUUUCAGUUCCUGAAAGGUCCAGUGUGUCCAAGAGGUAGUGACGUCUAACGGUGAGACUGCCAACUGCAACAAACACAAACAAACUACAAUGACCUUAUACCAGAUAGCACCAUGUUGUUGUCAACAAUUGUGUCCAGUUGCCCGUUCACCGAUGUGGUUCCCACCAGGGCUGCAACGCUAAUUUUGAUUUUGACAGAUUUAUGAUAAUCAAUUAGAGUGACUUUUCAAUUCAUUUUAGAAGCUGAAAAAUCAGAAAGCUUGUUUCAAACACACAUU